AUGGCCGACUCUCUUACUGAAGAACAAGUAUCGGAAUUCAAGGAGGCCUUUUCUCUGUUUGACAAAGAUGGUGAUGGUCAAAUCACGACGAAGGAGCUCGGCACCGUUAUGCGAUCCCUUGGACAAAAUCCGUCAGAAUCUGAACUUCAAGACAUGAUCAACGAGGUUGACGCUGAUAACAACGGAACGAUCGAUUUCCCCGACGAAGAGGUCGAUGAGAUGAUCCGCGAGGCUGAUCAGGACGGCGACGGAAGGAUUGACUACAACGAGUUUGUCCAACUCAUGAUGCAGAAAUAA